CGUUAUUCACUUUUUUUUUGUUUAUGACGCAAAUUAAAUUAAAUCCACUAUAAAUUGAAAAUAUGAUAAUAAUUCAUUUAUUCGCAACUAAUUGUUAUUGUGACAAAAUUUUUUAUUUAUCGUCUAUAUAGUUGUCUCAAUAUCUUGCUCCAAAAAUAUGAAGUAACUCUAUAACUCUUUAUGAAACAUCAUCUAAGUAUUAAACCAAAAUUUGGUUUACUUUUUGAUAUUGAUGGUGUAUUAGUACGUGGCAAGAAAGUAUUACCACCUGUAUCAGAAGCUUUUAAACAAUUGCAAGGAAAAGAUGGCAAAUUCCGUGUACCAACUGUAUUUGUUACUAACAGUGGAAAUGCAUUGCGUAGUCAAAAGGCAGCAGAUUUAUCUAAAUGGAUAGGAUUUGAAGUAAAAGAAUCACAAGUUAUUAUGGCUCAUUCACCAUUAAAAUUAUUUAAUCAGUUCCAUAAUAAACAAGUACUAAUAUCUGGUCAAGGACCAAUCAAAGAAAUAGCUAAGGAAUUGGGUUUUCAAAAAACAGUAACUAUUCAAGAAUUAGUGAAAAAUUUUCCUUGUUUAGAUUAUGUAAAUAUGGAAAAGAGAAAUCCAAUAUGUGGUCCUGUGGAUCCCACAUUUCCUAGAAUAGAAGCCAUUGUGUUAUUUAGUGAACCUAUUUCUUGGGAAACCCCAUUACAACUCAUAAUAGAUCUUUUAAUGACUAAUGGCAUGCCUAUUGGUUUGCUUGAUGAUAUUCCAUAUCCACACAUUCCAAUCUUGGCAUGUAAUAUGGAUUUAUUAUGGGUAUCAGAAGCACCGAUUCCUAGAUAUGGUCAUGGUACUUUUUUACUUUGUCUAGAAUCGCUAUAUAAAAAGAUUACAGGGAAAGAUAUGAUAUAUACUGCUCUAAUUGGAAAACCUAGUGAAAUAACAUAUUAUCAUGCAAAUUAUAUGCUUCAUGAACAUGCUAAAAGUAUUGGUAUAGAUAAUGUUAACACCAUAUAUGCUAUUGGAGAUAACAUCAACACUGAUAUUUUUGGUGCAAAUUUGUACGAUAAAUAUUUAUCUUAUUGUGCAAAAGAGGAAGCAUUAAAAUCUGAUAAAUUGAAGAAAUUACUUGACAAAGAUAUCAAACCACCCAAUGCAAAAGCUUGUAUUAGUAUUUUAGUUGAAACUGGUGUUCAUCAACGAGAUUCUGAUUUUAUAUCAGAGCAUAGUCCUAGAGACUUCUUACCAGUUGAAGAUGGUCUUGGCAAGCCUGCAUUCGUAGUAAAACACGUUGGCGAAGCUAUUAACGUCGCGUUUAAGGAAGAAAAAUUUGACUGAAUUAAUAUAACGCUAUAGAACAUCUUUUUAGACUUGGAAUGUUCAUCCUAAUAUUGAUUAAGAUAAAAAGAAGAGAUGUAAGAAAUUAUAUAUAUCAUUGCUAAAUAUCACGUAAGUAUCAUGUUAAUUUCAGUAGCCUUUUUUCGAAGGCAAGAUCGUUAAAAAAUAGGAUUACUGUAAUUAAUUGCUUAAAAUAUUUUAUUUGGCAUUUUUUUAAAUCAUUUUUAAUAUUUUUAUUUGAUAUUUUAUUAAAGAAGAAAAAGAAAAUAUCAUAUUUACAAUAAUCUACAGUAAUCUUUACUAAUCAAUUAAAAAGUUAUCAUUGCAAGUCAAUGAUAUUAGCAAACAGUACAACAAUUUAUAUUAGAUUUAUUAGAUUUAUAUAUAUAUUAAAAAUAGUCUUUCAAUCUAUAUAGGUUUUUAUGUAUAUUUGAAGUUUUUAUUAUUUAUGUUAUACAAGUGUAAUAUUUAGAAAAUUUUUUGAGGAUAACAUAUGUACAUAUAUUCAUUUAUAUAUAGAAUAGAUAUAUACAUUCGUAUAAUUUUAAAUUCAACAUUUAUUAUGAUGAUAUUAUACAAUGUAAUGAUUAAAUUUUAUCAUGUCUCGUUUAAUUUUAUCAUAUUGUGACGAUAGAUCAUACGAAUUAAAAAUUUAGUUUCAAUUUGAAAAAAAUAAAUUAAAAAAUGAAAAAGAGAAAACAAUAUAAACUAUAUGCAAUUGUUUCAAUUAAGAAAAAUUGUAAUCUAACAGUAGAUGUACUACAAAUGCAUUAUUUUUAGCGUUUAUUGACGAAUAUCGCUUUAUAUACAGAAUUUCGUCUAGUCCCAGUUUCGUUAUGUAGCAAUGUUAUUAUACAUAGCAAUUCAUAAUUCUUAUCAAUGCAAAAAGUAUGCAAUUUAAAGUAAAAUUUUAGAUAAUUUUAGAUAAUUUUACUUUGUCGAUCUUUAUUUUUAUACAUGUAAUCAUUGAAAAAAAUAAGAAAGAAUACAACAUUGAAUGUGCAUCAAAUAAAUUAUAAAAAAUAAUAUAAACCGACAUAAACCAACACGAAUAUUUGGCACAGCUGAUAGUAAAAAAAGACAAAAUAGUCAGCUGAGAUGAAGACUGACUAUCUAUGUAGAAUCAAAUCAAUAAUAAAUAUUUGCUGGAAUCAAUGUUAUAAUUUGCGUUAACAUUAAUAAAUUAAAAGAAGAGAAUAAAAAAAUAAUCAUUGUUCUUGUUUCUUUUUCGAAACAAUAAAAUAUUAUUUAAAAUCAUAUGAAAGAAUAAAGUUUUGUGAUGUCUGUAUAGAUAAUGGAGAACAAUUAUAUAUAUACAUAAUAUGUGUAGUUGCAAGAUUGAAAGCAAUACAAGAAUUACAUUGUUUUCUUUUUUAAUUAUAAUUUUACAAGCGCCUGAUAUAUAUUAUAUGCAUAAAAAAACUAUGUGACUUUCAUAGAAUUAAUUAUUUUUAUAUUUUCAUAGAAUUAAUUUACAUAUUUUUCUAAAUUCAUUUAUAUGCUUAUUCGUAUUAUCUUUCAUCCUUUUGUUAUUUAUUUAUGAAUUUUAUGAAAGCUACAAAAUGUGCCAAAAAAAGAUUUUUUUUAAUUUUCUUUUUCUGAAAGAAAGUUAAAGAAAACUAAUAUUCGAAAAUUCGUUUUUCUCAAAGAUAAUUUUCGAAAAUCGCAUAUGGACAUAUCGAGAGAUAUAAAAACAUGCAUAAAAUGCAUAAAAAUAUCUUGAUUUUAUUUUAUUUUAAACAAAUGUUAUUGUAAUCUGGUCUAAAGUUAAACGAAUAAUUUUUUUUUCCUUUCUAUUGUGCGAAUUGAAUAUGUGAAAUAUAUAUUUUCUUUUAAUUUUCAAAUCAUGAAUAAAAAAAAUAAUCGCUAAUUUUAUUAAAGUAAGCAAAAUAGAAAACAAUAAAGACGCAUUUGAUUUAUUUUUGUUAUAAGCAACUUUAACUAUGUUCAAACGACUAAUAGAACAUUCAUUUUAAUUGUAAUGUAUUUUCGUAACGAAGCGAUUUGUAAAUUUGUAUAAUUUAUCAGGCUGCUACUAUUAAAAAAAGGGCAUUUAUGUUAAUUAAAUCCCUUCUAUCUAUCAUAACAAGUUUUAAUUGUAGAAAUUAGACAAAAUAUAUUUUUUGUUAACAAAUUA